AUGACCUCUCGACACUCGGGGGUUAAUUUGCAUGUCGGUCGGUCCUCAGAAAAUGAGAUGGGCCCCAGUGUUGGAGAGUUGGGACAGUCUCCUGGCUAUGGCAGCGGCUGGAGUAGCAGCAGCGAUGAGGUGGCUUUGGCUGAGGUGACAUUCUGGGUCCAGUCAGCGGCAGCAGCAGGGGUACUUCAGCAUGCUUCUUCCGUGGUGUUGUGGCCUCAUGGGCAGCUUUGGUGGCUGUGGAGUGCCAAGAAUCAGCCAUGGGUCCAGUUCCAGAGAAAGAAUGUUGGGCUUCCAGCAAACACAUCCUACAAUGAUUUGUCCGCUUUCCUAACAACAGCCAACACCGAAAUGGAAGUGGAAGGAUUCCCCUAUCUCCUGGGCUAUGAAGCUAACGCAACAGUUAACCAUUCCAGGCUUGAAUUGAUCCCUGUGGCUGCAAUCAGCAUUCACUUGUUCACCAGAAAUGGUUCUGCCAUUGAAGUAUCCGGCCCCAUUCAAGUGUCGGUCCCUCUCCCAGCUGACAAUCUUGUGACAAAGGCGAGAGACAUCCCAGCCUGGAAGUUUGACAGGAAGAUUGGUGAGUAG